AUGGCCAUGGCCAUGUGGUGGUGGAGGGUGGUGAACCACAUGUGGAGGAGGGUGAUGGACCACUGGUGGAGGUGGGUGGUGAACGACUGGUGGUGGGUGGUGAACGACGUGAACGACUGGCGGAGGAGGGUGGUGGGGAGAGGAUCUAGGCAUCUUCUUUUUGUGUUUUUUGAAACAAAACAUGGAGGGAUCCGUUCAUCGGAUCCAUUUCUUGAUGGUCGUGUUAACAAUGAGAAUUCCUCAUCAGCACUUUCCAAGCUCUUCUUCUGCGACAUUGAAUUCAGCGAAUCGCAAUCAUCGUUCGCCCAAUUCGGUGUUAACGCUUUGCCACACAUCCGCCUCCUUCCACCAGAUGCGACCACCUUAAAAACCGACUCGAUCUCCAUGGACACCGGUGAUUUCUCCCAUUUAGCCGAAUCCAUGGGUAAUUUAUCGAAUCGAGAACUAAACUCAAAAUGGGUCAAAUCCACCGUCCUCCAAUUCUCUCAAAAACUCAAAUAG